AUGUGGGAUGUGCCCAAUCCUUUGGGAGUGUGGACCCAAUUUGAUGACAUCUGUCAGUUUCCAGAAAAGUCCUGGUUUGGCUUUUUAUCAAGAGGAAAGUCCAAAGAGACUGCUAGUGAGUCUAUCCUGCAGUUCCUGGAAGAUGAGCUAUACCAAGAACUUUCUCACAGGAAGGACUUUGGUGAUGUGGAAAGGAAGCUUCACUGCUACAAGGAGCACUUCAAAACCAGCAACAUCGGUGAUGCAGAGCAAAAAAUAAAUGAUCAAGAAACUGACUUUGACGAGAGAAAGGAAAGUGAUGUCAAUGUAGUUUUGAAGGAGAUUGCCAGAAGGACAGAGGCUUGGCUUGGUACCAGACGUCAGACAGGAAAUGCAGAGGAUGUUUUGCAGCCAAAGGAGUUGGAGGAUAUUCUGCAGUGCCUUAAUUUAACACUCGCUUUGGUCACAAUUUUCUUGAAACACUCAGAGAAAAUACCAUUCAGCCCCGUGAUGAUGUCACUGCAGAUUUUGGAAUUGUUCUCUGGAACAGAAGAUUUACUGCAAACCAAAAGGGAUUUUCGGGACCUUAAGCAGACCCGGGGGCUCAAAGAAUUUAUGAAUGUAGCAGAAUCAUGGAUCCAGGAGUUAUUCCCCAAAUCUCCUGAACAGGAAAAAGUCUUUUUUCAUUAUAUUGACGUGAGUCCAAAAAAAUCCCAGUGA